AUGCGAAAUGAACCUAGGAGAGCAAGCGUGCUCGCCGCAGAAGACAACACUAAGAUUUUGGCACUCUCAAAGGAAGCAUUCGAGACUGUUCUUGGUCCUCUAUUGGAUUUAGUGUCUGACAUCGGUUUCUUGAGCCGCAAGAAGAUCAAUAGGCAGUCGAAGAAGGAGGAAAAUGUGGAGUUAGAAGAGCUUCAACGUGUAGGACUAUUAGGCUGUGGCGGUUUCGGUGCGGUCACCUUGGAGCAGCAUAAGAAGACGCACAAGACCUACGCCCUGAAGGCUUUGAGUAAGGGAUAUGUGGUGAAAAUGAAGAUGCAGAAAGGCGCUGCGAGAAAAGGAGAUCCUUUCGAUUUGCAUUUCGCAGUUUAUCAUCCCAUUGCAUGCGACCUUCAAGACAACCGAGUAUCUCUACUUCCUUCUCGAGCCUGCACUUGGUGGCGAGCUUUUUGCGGUCUACCACAAGUUCCGGUUUCAUGGUAGCGUCACGAAGGCGAAAUUCUACUCAGCGUCAGUGGUUUUCGCACUUGAGCACCUGCAUGAGCGCAAUGUGCUCUACCGGGAUUUGAAGCCAGAGAAUUUGCUUCUCGAGGCUCGCGGCUACUGCAAGUUGACCGACAUGGGCUUAGUGAAGAUCCUGACGAGCGGCAAGACGUAUACCACUUGCGGCGCGCCAGACUACUUUGCGCCCGAAGUCGUACGACAGGCAGGGAUGUCCAAAGCCGUAGAUUGGUGGACAUUGGGCAUUUUGAUCCACGAACUUUUAGCGGGACACGCGCCGUUUGAGGCUAGCGAUCAGCCCGACACGUACCAGAACAUCUGUCGAGGUGCUGAAGCCGUGAGCUUCUCCAGUUACGAAGACCGAGAUCCAGACGCUGUCGAUCUAGUGAAAUCUCUACUAGCAGAGCACUCCAACGACCGAUUACCAAUGAAGGGCUUGCGUAGUCUGCGACUGCACAAGUGGUACGCGCGAUUCGAGUGGGAAGCGUUGUACCAGUUCACGAUGCGGCCACCACAUCUCCCGAGGGUUCGAUCCGUCACGGAUCUGAGUAACUUCAGAGCGCAAGAGGCAGACCUGCCUCCUCCGAUCAGCUACCAAGACUCUGUGCAUGACGCAUGGGAUCAGGACUUCUAGAACUGUGGUGUGUGAGGUUGGUUCUCGGACGAUAAGGCCGUUCGUGUGUGAGGUUCCCUCUUCUAGUUGUUUACCGUGAUAAAUCAAAACGUUAGCAUAGUUAGCAAUAUCAC